ACGGGUAAAUUGCACUUCCAAAAUCUCCCAAAAUGCUUCAAAAGGUUGCACUGCUAUGUGUGGUAUUUAUUGGAGGCCUGCUAAUGGCUGGAAUACCGGAAACGUCUGCGACUCCUUUUGCGUUUGAUCUGGCAAAAGGGAGUCCACUAGAUCUAUUGUGCAAGCUGCUUUCGCUAUGCCCGGACGAAGAAAAACCACCAAUACCAAGCGGGCCACCUCCAAUUACAGCACCACCAAGUGCAAAACCAGAUCCCCUAAAGCCAACAACGCCAAAACCAGCACCUCCAAAGCCAAACCCUGGUACUUCGAAGCCCCAACCAGGUCAUCCAAAGCCAACAACACCAAAACAGACACCUCCGAAACCAAAACCAGGUCAUCCGAAGCCAACUACGCCCAAACAUGCACCUCCAAAGCCAAAACCAGGUCCUGCGAAGCCAAAGCCAGGUCGUCCAAAGCCCACUACACAUAGACCAUAAAUUGCAGGCAGCGGCUGGAGGAGUAGAAUUUUGAAGUUAACAAUCGUCCAUCUGUAGAUUUGCUGCGUGGCUAUUAAAAAGUGUAUUGGCAAAA